AAAGACACAGCAUUGGAAAAGGCAAAAAUUCAUCUCUGGCCACCCUAACCAAACACAGACAGCAGUCAGGGCUGCAGUGACUGUUCCUUGCCUGGCUCCAUGGAGGAGCAGGAAUACAACUUUGUGCUUUCCUUUGGAGUCAACACCAGCAAGUGCAGCCUUGAGACCAACCAAACAGAGGCCCCAAUGUGCUGGGCAGGAGUGACCAGGGGUGGCCCAGAGGUGGUGAUUGUCCCUGUGCUUUUUGGGUUGAUUUUUCUCCUGGGAAUGGUGGGAAACACGUUAGUGUUGGUUGUUCUGGGACGCCUCCGGCCCGGGGGCCGCCCAUCACGCAGCGCCACCAACAUCUUCAUCCUCAACUUAAGCAUUGCAGACUUCUCCUUCCUGCUCUUCUGCGUCCCCUUCCAGGCCACCAUCUACUCCCUGCCAGAGUGGAUCUUCGGUGCCUUCUUCUGCAAGUGGGUUCACUACUCGGCCACGGCAACGAUGCUGGUCAGCAUCUUCACGCUGGUGGCCAUGUCAGUGGACAGGUACAUCGCUGUGGUGCACGCCAAACGCUCGCCCUGCAUCCGCAGCAAGCGCAACGCUGCCCUCGGCGUGGCCGCCAUCUGGCUGCUGUCCCUCCUCAUCGCCAUCCCCGUGGCCCAGCACCAGGCCCUCAUGAGCGGCCACCAGCAGGCACCCAACAGCUCUUUCUGCUGGGAGCACUGGGCAAACGGCUCCACAGCCAAGCAGAUGUACAAGAUCACCAUCCUGCUGGUGGGAUACCUCCUGCCCCUGCUGCUCAUCACCUGCUGCUAUGCCAAGGUUUUAUACCACCUCCAUACAAAAGUAAAGAACAUUUCCAAGAAGUCAGAGAGAUCAAAGAAGAAGACGGCACAGACGGUGCUCCUGGUGGUUGCUGUGUUCCUGCUCUCCUGGCUGCCACACCACAUCAUCACCAUGUGGGCAGAGUUUGGGCACUUUCCCCUGAACAACAUCUCCUUCACCUUCCGCAUCAUCUCUCACUGCCUGGCCUACGGGAACUCCUGCAUCAACCCCAUCCUUUAUGCUUUCCUCUCGGAGAAUUUCCGCAAGGCCUGCCGCCAAGUCUUCAGCUGCAAGCUCCUCCUGCGGCCCGUGGCCGCUGAGAAACUGGCCAGAGUGCGCAUGGAGAACUUCUCCACCACCCACUCCACCACAAACGUGUAAGCCGGGCUCACAAAUACCUUUCAGGAGGAAGAGGAGGGAAGAGGGUUCUGUCUGGGGAGAACAUGCGUGCAAGCGCACUCCAGGGAGCGGUGGAGUCUGCAAAAGUGUGCACU